UUUGGGGCAGCAGUUCAACCACGUCUCCUCCUGGUCAUGAACUACAUUUCCCAGCAUGCCCCGCGCACCUUCUUCCUUCCUGCAGCCCUCAGCCUGAGAGGAAGAUGACGAUCAGUCCGCCGACACUCGACCGAGUCUGAACCGAGUCUGAACCGAGUCUCACCUCCAGCGGAAUGGAGACGGACCGGAGCCCGAGCUCCGCUGCUCUUCUCCGUCCUUAAAACUGACGCGACCACCGCUGGAGCUGCGGAGCUCCGGAGCCUGGAGGAGCGCCGGGUGGAGCCGGAGUCUGCUGGGCCGAGCCGGGCCGAGCCGGGCCGUCAUCUCCCUUCACUGCGGAGGAUGCUCAGCUAGCUGCAGGACUGAAGCCUCGACAGACCCGCACCCUGGAACCAGAGCCUACCCCCCCCUGCCCCCUCAGUUUCCCUGCAGGCUGCAGCAUGGAGCGCUCUGGCAGCAUCCAACUCGACAUCCCGGACUUCAGUAACUCGGUUCUGUCUCACUUGAACCAGCUCCGUGUUCAGGGCCGUCUCUGCGACAUCGUGGUCAAUGUUCAGGGCCAGAGCUUCCGUGCACACAAGGUGGUCCUGGCCGCAAGCUCACCGUACUUCCGGGACCACAUGUCUCUGAGCCAGAUGAGCACGGUGUCACUGACAGUGAUCCGAAACCCGUCUGUGUUCGAGCAGCUGCUGUCCUUCUGCUACACGGGCCGUCUUUGCCUGCAGCUCGCUGACAUUAUCAGCUACCUGACGGCUGCCAGCUUCCUGCAGAUGCAGCACAUCAUCGACCGUUGCACCCAGAUCCUGGAGGGCAUCCACCUGAAGAUCAGCCUGGCCGAACUGGAUGAGGAGUCCAGGGAGGAAGAAGUGCGGGGGUCCAGGGGGGGCCGAACCCUGGAGGCAGUGGUCCGAGGAGGGGGUCAUCGCGGUGGUCUGCGGCUCCUUGGCCCACGUGGUGGUGCAGUGGCACUUGAAGCAAUUAGCCCUGUUGAAGAGCCGAUCAGCCCGCCCCCAACUGUGGAGCACAGUGGGUUGGAGGGGCCCGGGGUCGCUGCUGCUGGCAGAGCAGGCAAAGAACCGAUCCUUCGCAUUAACCGGGCUGGUCAGUGGUACAUGGAGACGAGCAGCGAGCCAGAGAGAAGCGGGAGCGCGGAGGAGGCUGGCAGCGUAGAUGGAGUAAGGAUCAAGACAGAGAGGAUGGAGGAGUGGAUUGGAGCCGGAGAGCAACAGGAAGAGGGGGGGCAAGUGGAGGAAGGGACCACCGUGAUGAUCGACACGUCAGGACGCAGCACGCUGGUGACCGGGCCAGUGGGGGCGCUAGGGGCCCGGAGCGUCCAACCAUCCUCCAGCUUCAGUGAGACAGACAGGUUCAGUCCCACCGGCAGCGUGGUCGUCCUGGCGGAACGUCAAAGAGCGAAGAGUGAGUCACCCAAUAGGGCGGACGAAGUGCGACCGCCGAACUCCCAGGGCGAGGAGCAUGCAGCAUUUGAUAUGGGUGGUUACGAGGACUACCUAAGGGAACAAGUAGGAGACCGCUGGUUCCGUUACAACCCCCGACUCACCUGCAUCUACUGCUGCAAGUCCUUCAAUCAGAAGGGCAGCCUGGACCGCCACAUGCGCCUGCACAUGGGUAUCACGCCAUUUGUCUGUCGUAUUUGCGGGAAGAAGUACACCCGCAAGGACCAGCUGGAGUACCACAUCCGCAAGCACACGGGUAACAAGCCCUUCCACUGCCACGUAUGCGGCAAGAGCUUCCCCUUCCAGGCCAUCCUCAAUCAACACUUCCGCAAGAACCACCCUGGCUGUGCCCCCCAAGAGGCUCACAGCGCUUCCCCCGAGACCACCACCACCUCUGUCACAUCCAGGGGGGGUCCAAGCGACGAGGCUUCUCCUAGCCAGGAAGAGCCAGAGGGUGCGGGCAGUGGUGGUGGGAGCAGCAGUGGCGGAGGCCAGUAUAGUGAGGGGCCCCAGGCCUCAGUCUCGACCACUGGGCCUGACUGACCCAGAGAGGUGAAGGGUGGGGUGAUGCCACAGCAGCGUCAGAAAAGACACCUUUCAGUCCGAACUGAGAUUUUUUUCCGCUUUAAACCGCAUCUACCUUCACUAACCAAAACAAACAGAUUAAGCUAAAAUGAAGAAAUGCCACACACCCCAACAACCUCAUACACCACAGGACAUGGUGGUUCUCAUUUAUUAUGUUACAGAUUUCUAAUUUUAUAUUUACAAGUAUUACAGGUUCACAAAUUAACAUCACAACAGUUUGUCUGGUGGAAACUUUGCCAAACUACUCAGUGCCAGUUUAACAGUUUAAAUCCUUCAUAUUUGCCUUGAGACAAUCCAGGGUGCAGAGUUGGAUUUUAUUAAUCCUGCGUCCUCUUCAAGUGCCACAACGACAUCAAAAGAUAAAGCUGCAAAAAAAGGUUCAAUUAGAAAACCACGUUUAGUUCCAGUGUGAUCAGAGUUUCUAUGAAUGAGCUCUGUGUUGUGAAAGAAGGAAAGUUUCACUCUACUGAUAUAAACAUGUAUCAAACAUGUAAACCCACAUAUCAAACAUAUAAACACACAUGUAAGCACAUCAAUCUUAAUCUUAAUCAAACAUGUAAACACACAUGUAAACACACAU